CGAAACAAAUUAAAAUGAAAUAAAAUAAAAGUCUCGUUCCCAUCUCUCUCUCUCUCUCUCUCUCUCUCUCUCUCUCUCUUCACCUUCUCCGCCCCAAGAAGCGUUACGAGAUCUCACGAAUACGCGAUCCAAUUCGCUCAAAGCGAUACGGAUCUCGCAACAGAAGCGAAAACCAUCGAGGAAGAGGAAUCGGAAGGGGAUUUUGCUUUGUUUUCUCGCUUCCUUCUUCGUCGCUGGAGUGGUAAAGGAGAUCCUUCUUCUCCCUUCAAUUCGGGAAGAUCUCCCGAACGAAAUUUACCUCGGAAAUCCAAUGCCGGAUCUCGAGGGCCCGGCAAAAUCCCACCUUUCCCACCCCCGCCUCUCGAUCUCCCCGAGCUCCUCCGCUGUGUUCCAUGGUGUUGGGUUGUGGCCGCUUCCGAGGUUCACACCCAUGGCGCGUUGCUGUUGAGAGCAUCUCCGUCUCCUCCACGACGACGACGACGACGACGACGAGGACGAGGGCGACGGGGGCGCGGGGAGCCGGCGGCGUGACGUGGCGGCGUCGGCUUCGAGGAUGCAGAUCCGGUUCUCGCCGAGCAUGAGAAGCAUCACGAUAUCGAGUACCAAUGGGCUUCUCGACUUGAUGAAGCUUAAGGCCGCGGCUCGCCACAUCUCCUACCGAACCCUCUUCCACACCAUCCUCAUCCUCGCCUUCCUCCUCCCCUUCGUCUUCAUCCUCACCGCCGUCGUCACCCUCGAGGGCGUCAACAAGUGCUCCUCCCUCGAUUGUUUAGGAAGGCGGCUUGGUCCAAGAUUUCUUGGCAGGGGUGGUGACUAUUCAAUGAGGCUUGUGAGAGAUUUAUACAAGAUACUUGACCAAGUAAACUCUGAGGAAGUUCCAGUUGGUUUUAAGGUGCCAGAAUCUUUCAAUGAAUUACUCUCUGAUAUAAGGAAUAACCAGUAUGAUGUGAAGACAUUUGCUUUGAAGUUGAAGGCAAUGAUGGAAAAUAUGGAUAGGGAGGUAAAAAGAUCAAGACUAGCAGAACAGUUGCACAAGCACUUUGCAGCGACAGCAAUUCCUAAAGGCAUUUACUGCCUCUCUUUGCGAUUGACCGAUGAAUAUUCAUCCAAUGCUCAUGCAAGGAAACAACUACCACCUCCGGAAAUGUUACCUCUCCUUUCAGAUAACUCCUACCACCAUUUUAUUCUAGCCACUGAUAACAUUCUUGCUGCCUCAGUUGUGGUCACAUCGGCUGUCCGAUCUGCUUUAAAGCCUGAGAAAAUAAUUUUCCAUGUGAUCACCGAUAAGAAGACUUAUCCGGGUAUGCAUUCAUGGUUCGCUUUGAACCCUAUUUCACCUGCGAUUAUUGAGGUGAAAGGUGUUCACCAAUUUGACUGGUUAACAAGAGAGAAUGUACCAGUUCUUGAAGCUAUGGAAAAUCAUCACGGUGUUAGAAUACAUUAUCAUGGAAAUCACCUCACAGGGACCAAUGAUGGAGAUAACCCUAGGGUUUUCGCUUCGAAACUGCAAGCCAGGAGCCCAAAAUACAUUUCUCUGCUCAAUCAUCUGCGGAUAUACCUGCCUGAGCUCUUUCCAAACCUCAACAAGGUGGUAUUUCUUGACGAUGAUAUUGUUAUCCAGCGGGACUUGUCUCCGCUGUGGGAUAUAGAUCUUCAUGGGAAGGUAAAUGGAGCUGUUGAGACUUGCAAAGGUGAAGAUGGAUGGGUGAUGUCUAAGCGCUUCAGGACAUACUUUAACUUUUCUCACCCCCUCAUAGCAAAUAAUUUGGACCCUAAUGAGUGUGCAUGGGCAUAUGGGAUGAACAUCUUUGACUUGAGUGCAUGGAGGAAGACAAGUAUUAGAGAAACAUAUCAUUUCUGGGUGAAGGAGAAUCUGAAGUCGAACCUCACACUAUGGAAGCUUGGAACAUUACCACCAGCUCUUAUAGCCUUCAAAGGCCAUGUUCAUCCUAUAAAUCCAUCUUGGCACAUGUUAGGCUUGGGCUAUCAGGAAAAAACCAAUGUCAACAGUGUACAAAAAGCCGCCGUGAUACACUACAAUGGACAAUGCAAACCUUGGUUGGAAAUUGGGUAUAAGCAUCUCCAGCCAUUUUGGACGAAGUAUGUGAACUACUCGAAUGACUUCAUAAAGAAUUGUCAUAUUAUAGAACCUCGAUAACUGAUAAAUAAGACUUGAAAAAUAAUUAGAGGAGAGUAAGCAGUGAGAUGGAAUGGAAUGCAUUAAUCUAUCAUUGGAUGCUCGCGAUAGGAUAUUCUUCAAGAUUAUCAAGAAGAAAUUGGUGAGAUGAGCACUACACUCAAAGAUGGCUGUUGCCUCGACAACCCAUAUCACUUCAGCAGUACUCGCUUUUCUAGUGGCAUAGGAAAUUCUUUUAAUUAUGUAUCAUAGUGAUUGAAGUUUCGUCGGUAUUAUGAAGGUAGUUAUUUGAUGUCUUCCUGGAGGGGUAUAUAAUGCCUAUUGGUGUAAAUGAUGCUAGAGAAGUAGCCAUGGGCAGAGCAGCAGAUUACAUUUUUCGCCACCGCGAAAACAAGGAUCGUAGUUUUGUCUCAUGAUGCGCUUAUAAUCCCGCUGUACACCCUUUCUUUUUUCCCUUUUUGCUAUUUGAUAAUUUAUUAAACUUAACCUUUUCUCGGUUCUCUAUUUGUCCUCUGAUUAAGAGGACAUGAUUAUUGUUGUAGGCCCCCAUGUAUUUAUGGGGUACUUUAAGAUAUUUGUUACUAUUUAUUAGAUAUUGAAAUGUGCAGGUAAUAAUUUUUUAACUCUUA